AAACAUCCAGAGAUAAAAGCGUUGAUGAAGCCAGACUACAACUUGAUCUGGGUGGUUGUGCUGAUGGUUCUGGCGCAGUUGACUGCAUUUUAUCUAGUUAAAGACUUGGACUGGAAAUGGGUGAUCUUCUGGGCAUAUGUUUUUGGAAGCUGUAUUAGCCACUCCAUGACCCUGGCUAUUCAUGAGAUCUCUCACAAUAGUGCCUUUGGGAACAAGAAAGCAAUGUGGAAUCGAUGGUUUGGAAUAUUUGCUAACCUCCCUCUUGGUCUCCCAUACUCCAUAUCCUUCAAGAGAUACCACAUGGAUCAUCAUCGUUACUUAGGAGGCGACGGAAUUGAUGUGGACAUUCCUACCAACUUUGAAGGCUGGUUUUUCUGCACCCCUUUUAGGAAGUUCAUAUGGAUUGUUCUUCAGCCUUUUUUCUAUGCAAUUAGACCUCUCUGCAUCAAUCCCAAACCCAUUACUCGACUUGAAAUAAUCAAUUUGUUGGCUCAGCUUUCCUUUGAUGUUGUGAUAUAUUAUUUCUGGGGAGUCAAAUCCACUUUUUACAUGCUUGCUGGUUCAGUACUUGGACUUGGGUUGCAUCCGAUUUCGGGACACUUCAUAGCUGAACAUUACAUGUUUUUAAAAGGAUAUGAGACUUAUUCCUACUAUGGGCCACUUAAUAUGCUCACUUUUAAUGUUGGCUAUCACAAUGAACAUCAUGACUUCCCCAAUAUUCCUGGCAAAAACCUCCCACUGGUGAAGAAAAUAGCAGCUGAAUACUAUGACAACCUGCCACAAUAUAACUCAUGGAUAAAAGUACUGUAUGACUUCGUGAUGGAUGACACAAUCAGCCCAUAUUCACGUAUGAAAAGGCAUUUAAAGGGUGAAGUGAAACAAGAUUAAACUUCCGGCAACUAAAAAACUUUGAAAUGUCUGCUUGCUUUAAAGUGGCUGGUAUAAGGUCUCUUGCUAAAGAUGCUCACCAGUGUCCUGAAUUAAGAUCUACAGCAUCCUUCAGGAUUUUGUAGCAGAUUCCUACCAGCUAUAACAUUCCUUGCAGUCCUCAAGAUUUAUUGGUUUAACGUGUUUGCCCAAGGAUCAGUGUUAUAUGCAUAAUGCUAAACCACUUUGUUACAGAAUUUACUUUGGUAGGUGUUAAGUCUAUAUAAAAUAUCUGUUAAUAUUUCAAAAGUUCUCAAUGUAGUAUACUGCCCACAUAAUGCUGUUUAGACAACUGUAGUGUUAAAAUGCUGUACUUACCUACUACUUCUAAACUAAAUGAUUUCUGAACUUAAACCUUCUGUUGAACCUGUUUCCUAACUUGUGGGUGGAAGAACUGAAUUUGCACUGAAAUGUU